UCCCGGACGAUGCUGCUUUCCCUGUGCACCUGUUUCCUCUGGCUAUCCACCCGUGACCUCUGGACCGUCCAGGCUCAGGACCCCGACACCGAUGUGAGCACAAGGAGCCCUCACCGGGACUUGGCUCCAAACAAUGUUGACUUUGCCUUUACCCUAUAUAGGCAUCUAGUGGCUUCAGCUCCUGGCGAGAAUGUCUUCAUCUCUCCCUUGAGCAUCUCCAUGGCCUUAGCUAUGUUGUCCCUGGGCGCCCGUGGCUACACGCGGGCCCAGCUUCUCCAGGGCCUGGGCUUCAACCUCACCAAGACAUCCGAAGCUGAGAUCCACCAGGGUUUUCAGCACCUGCACCACAUCCACAAGGAGUCAGACGCCACACUGGAGAUGGCUAUGGGUAACGCCUUGUUCCUUGACCGCAGCCUGGAGCUGCUGGGGUCGUUCUCGGCAGACAGCAAGCACUACUAUGGGUUGGAGGUCUUGGCUACGGAUUUCGAGGACUGGGCUGGAGCCAGCAGACAAAUCAAUGAGUACAUCGAAAAUAAGACCCAUGGGAAAAUUGUGAACUUGUUCUCGAAGAUGGAUAGUUCAGCCACGCUCAUCCUGGUCAACUACAUCUUCUUCAAAGGCACGUGGGCACAGCCCUUCGACCCGGAAAGCACCAGGGAGGAGAACUUCUAUGUGAACGAGAGCACCGUGGUGACCGUGCCCACGAUGUUCCAGUCGAGCCCCAUCAAGUACCUGAAAGACCGGGUGCUCCCCUGUCAGCUGGUACAGCUGGACUACACGGGCAACGAGACCGUCUUCUUCAUCCUCCCAGACGAGGGGAAGAUGGACACAGUCAUCGCCGCGCUGAGCAGGGACACCAUUCGGAGGUGGUCUGAGUCGCUGACCAUCAGGUAA